AUGGCCCAAGAGACUCUCUAUUCCACGGCUGGUUGGGGUUCUGGCCAGAUCCUACUCUUCACGAUCCUGCACCAGCUCCACAACAUUUGCCAGCUUGUGGUGAUGCUUCUUCUGCUGGCUGUCAUGGUGACCCGGGACCAAGGCGCUCGACGCGUCCUACGAAAGGCCUGCCUCCAAGACGGUUCCAGAUCUAGCACCAUGGAGAGCGGUCGUUGGGACAACGAAAAUUUUAACAGGGAGGCGUGUAACAGGGUAAAAGUAUCCUCUCUACACUGUCACUUUGAGUUUGGGUGUGGUUUUUUUGGUUUGUGUUUUUCCUUGUUUGGUGGGCCAAUGGCCAUGUUUUAA